GAUUCCGAUAAUACACAUAACCCGAAAUACCAUAAAACAAGAUUCAUUCGGUAUUUGUGUUGGGUUCGGAUCGGUUCGGAUUUGUUUUUAUCGGAUUUGGUUCGAUUCGGAUUUUCAGGUUCGGUUUAUUUUCCCAGCCCUAAUUUAUGUUUUUGACAUCAUGAUAAAAUGAUUUAUGUUGGCUAUUUAAAAUUAACGUUAGUAAAUAUGAUACAUAGUUAAAAUAUAAAUGAAUUUAAAACAUAAAAAAUUAUAAAUAUAAACUAGUUUAUGUUUAUAUGGAUGAUUUAUAGAUUUUUGAUAGUUUAAUGGUUUUUAUCAGUUUAAUAACUCUCAGAUCUCAAUCCAGCUACAUGACUUGUUUAUGUCUGGCCCAGUUAUUAGAUCCAACCCGGCUAUGUAACCGGUUUAUGGUCGAACCCGUUUUAACUAUCAGUCGGUCCGGUUUUAGAAACAUUGGUGCUAAGAGAAGAAAAAAAAAACUCAUAAAUGAGGGAUUUGCAUUUGGUUUAACUUACAACCAAAAAACCUCAAACGAUGCAAUCAUGCAAAUAUCAUCCUAGGUCCAAAAUCUCAAAAUCUAGAUAUCGGAAAGCCCAUCAGCUCAUCGAAAUCUGAUUCGUCUCUGCAAAACAAUUUCAACAUAGCAACGAAAUCAAACAGCAGCCCCUCAAAGGGAAGAAAAUAUAAUUCUAUUGGCUUGCCAUUCGUCGCUAAUGGAUAUUAGACAAAUGGCAGCUAGUGAUUGAAUCAUAAGAUUUUUGUUGACAGGUAGAAUUUUGUAUUUAAGAAGCCAUAGGCUCGUAGAACUCUCUAACUGUGAAUAAAAGUAUUUCACUAAUUAGGCCAUACCUUUCUCUCUCAACUAUUUUUCAAAAACCACUAAAUGAAACUGGAGCUAGUCCUCAUACCAUCAACUGGUGACGGCCACCUCCGGCCACUAGUGGAGGUUGCUAAGCUCCUCCUUGACAACGAUGAUCAUCUCUCCAUCACCGUCAUCAUCAUCCCUUCCAUGCACGGAUUCCAAACCACAAGCUAUUCCUCCUACAUCGCUUCUCUCUCCACAACUUCCAAUGACCGCCUUCGCUUCAGCUUCAUAUCAUCUGCCGAUAGACCAAACUCUCCUGACGCCGAGCCUAAUUUCAUCUCCUACAUGGAGAGUUAUAAACCGGUGGUGAAAGCUACGGUGGCUAAACUCACUGACUCUGCUCAACCUCCCUCUAGCCGGCUUGCUGGCUUCGUGAUGGACAUUUUCUGCACGACGAUGAUUGACGUUGCGAACGACUUUGGCGUUCCGACAUACUUGUUCUAUCCUUCCAACGCCACGUUUUUUGGAUUACAGAUACAUGUGCAGUAUCUUUGCGACGUUGAGAAGUGCGACAUCAUCAGCGAGUUGAAAGAUUCAGACACUGAGUUGGAAGUACCUUGUCUGACUCGCUCUUUACCAGCCAAGUGCUUCCCAUCCGUGUUGUUAAACAAGGAGUGGUUACCUGUUUUUCUAAGGCAAGCCAGAAGAUUCCGCGAAACUAAAGGUUUCUUGGUGAACACGUUUGCUGAACUUGAGCCACAAGCUAUGAGUUUCCUCUCCAGCGGAGAUAAUAAUCUUCCCACGGUUUACGCGGUUGGGCCGGUUUUAAGUGUCGAAAACAACGGUUUAGACUUGGCCGACGAUAAACAAACGGAGAUCCUACGGUGGCUCGAUGACCAGCCGGAUAGAUCAGUUGUGUUCCUCUGCUUCGGGAGCAUGGGAGGUUUCAGUGAGGAUCAAGCCAAAGAGAUUGCCAUAGCGCUUGAACGAAAUGGCCAUCGGUUCAUCUGGUGUCUUCGCCGUGCUACACCGAUGGGACCUCCCGAAGAAUUCACGAAUCUUGAAGAGAUUCUCCCGGAAGGGUUUCUAGACCGGACAUCAGAGAUUGGUAAGAUUAUCGGUUGGGCCCCACAGAGGGCCGUGCUGGCGAGUCCAGCCAUUGGAGGGUUUGUCUCGCACUGUGGUUGGAACUCAAUACUUGAAAGUCUAUGGUUCGGAGUUCCCAUAGCCACGUGGCCGCUUUAUGCGGAGCAACAGCUUAACGCAUUCGAGAUGGUGGAGGAGCUGGGGCUAGGGGUGGAGAUACGGAAUCAUUUUCAAGGAGUAUAUAUGGCGGAGGAGACGGAGAUGGAACUGAUGACGGCAGAGGAGAUAGAGAGAGGAGUUCGUUGUUUGAUGGAGAAGGAUAGCGAUGUGAGGGAUAGAGUGAGGAAGAUGAGUGAGAAGAGCCACAUGGCAGUGAUGGAUGGUGGAUCUUCGCAUGCUGCUCUUGUAAAGUUUAUUCAAGACGUUACUCGUAAUAUCUCUUGAAUGUUGGAGAUAUGGUGAACGUUCCAAAAAAAAACAUCGUAUUAUCUUUUUACCAAAAAAAAAAACCCCAUCGUAUUAGUCUCCAUAAUGGCGAUGUCCAUGGCUAGGUUUGAAUUUUCCAUGACGUUGAUAAUGAGUUAUUAUAAGAACGUUACUUUUGAACUUUUUUUUUUUUGAACAUACGUUAAAGGUGCAUUACCUUGUGAUUCAAGUAUUCGGUAUCCGGUUAUUUGGAUUGAGAUUAGAAGAUGAAGACCGGUUCAGUAACUUGAUUUGUACCGGGAGCCGUAAACCAAGUGAAGACCUUCUAGUUGCGAUAGCGGGUUUGAUCAUCAUCAAUGGUAUAAAAGAGUCGUUGUUGACUCAUCUUCUUGUAACAGAAUAGAGAGAGAGAAAGCGAUAGAGAGAGAGAUUCUUAUCGCCAUUGUAGCUUGCUCUUGAGCUUGGAUUCUUCUUCUGAGUGUAUUGCCAGGAUUGAUCUGGCCCCAGUGAGUAACUCCUCACAUCGAGGACGAACACUGGAUGAACAAUCUCUCGUGUCUCUGCUUUACGUUUCUUUAAGUUUCUUUCAAACGAGUGACAAAGAUCGAGAGUGGUGUGAGGUUAAGUUGAUCGUUGACGAAUCGAAUCGUAACAAAUAGGUCAUGCUCAUAUUUUAGUAGAAUAGAUAGACACAGCAUUCCAGACGUUGAACAAGUGAACCUUUGAAUUUUUACUUGGCUACCAUUCUAAACAAUGUAACUGUCAAACAACGUACCAUUUGCGUAACUGAGCUUUCUAAAGGUAAUUGCAAAUGGGCCGGAGUAAUUCAAAGCCCUUUUCGAUUUAUUUCGUCAAAAAGUCUAACUUAAUUGUUAAACAAGCAGAUAAAUUCGGACUAUAAACCCCCACUAACCAUAUUAGACAAACGAUUAAUUAAGCCUAUUGUUGCUGAUUGGUCUGGCCAAGCAUUCCGGUAUCCACCUCAGCGGCUAGGCCGCCCACUAGGCAUUACAGGCUUUAUCCACUUUACUAUACAUAUAUAAUGUCUAUUUUGUUUUAAAGUACUGCAUUCCAAUUGAAGCUAGAGAUUAGACGCUGCUUAGACGUCUUGUUGACCACUAAUAUGGAUUCAUGAGACGUGAGAACUUUAAAUUUAAAAUAGUCUAAUAGUCUAUCAUACUUAGUGGGGAAGUUAGUACUUAGUAGUCUUAGCUAGACUUAUAAUUGUGCACUUUUAUUUUAUUUUAUAUUGAAGAAAAAAUAGUUUAAAACGUUUUCUUUUUCUUUUUUUAAUAUGCUAAAGGAUAACAAAUAGUUUUUUUUUGCUUAAAAGGAUAACUAAUAGUUUAAAAUGCAAAAGAUAAAGACAGUGAAUGAUUAAAAGAGAUGAAUCAAAAGUCUCACAAGACUCUCAAGCCAAGCAAAAGAUUAUUUCUACGCCAACACCCGUGAAAAAUUGGCGAUCGCACAGUUGUUAAGACAUCUUCAGGGAUAACCUUUUACACGUUUUCAUGGGUUUUAUCUGGAUGAUGAUUUCGUUCACGUUCGUACGUGAAUUACCGUUUAAAAAUUGUCAUUUUUGUUAACUCAAAUAAAAUCUUAACUCAAACAUAUAAAGUCUUUUUGCAAAAAAAAAAAAAAACAUAUAACCUCUUGAUUUUAUUUUAAUAUAAGCACUGAUCUAAAUAUUUCUUUCUUGUUUCAAGGAUUUUCUUAGUAAAGGAAAUAAAAUCCAACAAAGUUUCUACUAAAAAUUGAAUAAUCCAUGUUGAAUUCUGAAUAUUUUUAAAUUUGAAACUAUUGCUUUUUGUGGUAAAGGGUUUUAUUAAUUAAGGAGAUGAAUUGCAACAAAAGUUUAUACUAAAAAAGUAAACCAUGUUGAAAGGAAUUAACCAAUUUCGUAAGCCUGUAAAGUGGAUCUGCCAACAACUCUUUGCUGCCAAACGAGAAGGAGAAGAUAUGGAAGCUUUAUUUGGUAUUAUACUGGGUCAAAUUUUUCUACCACUCUUAGAUUUAUUGACCAAUCAAAAUUAUACAAAUCAUAAACCAAAAUGUAUAUGCAAGAAAAUAACCAUUAGGUAUUGUGUCUAAGCCACUGCAGGACGACCUUUUAUUUUGCAAGUUCUAUCGGUUUAAGAAAUAGCUCCAAAACAUGUUAAAGUGACUUCCAAACAAUAAUCCUUCGUUACUUACUGGUUUCUUGUACGAUUCAUUUUUUUUCUUUUUAUUAACAGUCUUCCUAGUAUUCUCGUUUGUUUCUGUUUUUGUUUAAAAAAUCUAAAAAAUAUCAGCAAUGUCAAAUCUAAAGAGGAAGACAAGAUAUAAUAGAGACGAGGAGGUUUUGGCAAUUAAACAUGACCACAAAACAUAUUUGAACAACCUCUUUUGUGGGGGUGGGGUAUUGUAUUUUCAUACUCUUUUACAAAUAUAAUCAUGUAUUUUUAAUCAUAUUAAUGAUUAAAUUGUUACUUUGUUUCUCUAAAUUUGUUAACCUGGACAUUCAGGAAAGAAUAUGUUGCAAAAUAUAAAAUUUACUUUAAAUAUGCUCAUUUGGAAAACAUAUGGUAAGAAGAUUUUCUUUGGAAGUUCUCUUAAUAAUUUAUUGCCUUCAUAAAUCAAGUUAAAAGGUAAAGCUCUGUUAUAAUUACUAUAAAUGUAUAAGCAAUUAUUGGACUCAUUUCAAUAUUAUGAAAUCUCAUAAAACGUUUUUUAAAUAUUCAAAGAAGGUAUCAGUUUAGUUAAUUUCGUAUUAACAAUUUAGUAAUAUUAUUAUUUAUUUGACAUCAAUUAGCUGCUUAUGUUUUCAGACUAUUAAGAAUUAACUAAUCUGCAAGAAUAUUAUAUUGACGUUCGAUCUAUGGCUUCAAAAAUCUGGAUGUCCGUAAUGGUAUUCUAAACGUGUGAAUAGUGUCGGUCGUAAUGGAAAUUAAAAAAUCGUGUGCUUCUAUUUCUGUUUAAAAUAUUUACAUUGUUGACCAUUCUUUUAUUAAAAUCUUUUUUGAACUUAUUUUUAUUAAAAUAUAUAGUAAUUUAAUUAGCUAAUGUCUGAAAAUGAUUUAAAGAGGUAGAAGUUUAAUUCUUUAGACUUCAGGUCUGUUUGGUAAUGGCCGUAAUUUUAAAAAACAUUAUUGUAGAAAUUUUUUUAUAGAUUUUUUGCUGUAGUUUUAGAUUUUAUUCCUGUAAAAUUUUAUGGAAAGCUUUAAAAAAUUGUUGUAGAUAUUUGAUUUUACAGAAUACUUGUAUAGUUGUAGGUUAUUUCAAAAAGUGUGAUUCUAAUUUUUAAUUAAAACUUGAUUACUGUAAAUUUAGUGCUAUAAAAAUAAAUAGGGCUGGAUACACUGGUGGAUCUAAAAAUAUUUUUGACUCAGGGCAAAUUUAUUUAAUAUAUAAUUAAUUUUAUAAAUUUUGUUUAUCUAAUAAUAUUAUAAUUAAAUGAUAAUAUCAAAAUUAAAUAACUAUUAUUAAAAAUGAUUUGAUAAAUAAAUUAUAUUCUAAAAAAACAACUCAAUAAAAAGUGUAAGAAACUAGAAAAAUAUACAAAAUGGUUUCAAAAAAAUAUAUUUAUUUUUCAUUUUUUGAACACUUUUACAAUUUAUAGAAUAAAAAAAUUCAAAAUGUUGUAAGAGAAUACAACAAAUAUGUUAAAAUCAAUAAAUUAGAUGCAACCAUUAUUACAGAGUUAAUUGGAAAGUAGUUUUUUAGACAGAAAAAUAAAUAAAAUAAAAAUAAAAUAAGUGUGCAAAACAAAUAAAAAGAAUGAGACUAGAAGAAAUGGCAACUAUAGUUUUCUAGAAUAGAAAUAAAGAAAAGUUAAAUCAUGCCAUUGUUUAAGAGAUGAAACUAGAAGGUUAUUUUCUAUUUUAAAUAAUAAAUAACUUCAAAAUUAAAACAGUUAUGCAAAAGAACAAAGGUUUCGAACAUAAAACAAGGGGGCAGAGGUUUCUACGUAAUGGGGGCAACAACCACUAUGACAAGCGUACACUUCACAAUCUUGCUAUAGUUCUAACUUUUUAUCAUAAUUUAAUGGGGGCAACUGCACCCUCCCGACCUCCCUACACAACGUGUAUCCGCCCUUGGCUGGACAGCACAUACAGUAACUACCAAUCAUACCAUUUGUUAACAAAAAAAAGUUGUUAACCUUAUAAAGCUUAUAAAUUUAAUUCUCCGAGUCAAAAUGUUUUAAAACCGGGCCUGGAUGUAGAAAAAAAAGAGAGUACAUAUAUUUACGAGUAUUUCAAGACUUAACUAGAUUUUGAUCCGCGCGCCCGUGCGGAUGUAUUUUUUUAAAAAAAUAUGAUGUUAUAUUUUUUUUAUGUCAUUAUAUAGGGUUGGACAAAAAAAUUAAAUUCGAAAAAUCGAACCGACCCCAAUCCGAAUAAGUAGUACCAAAUCCGAACCGAAAUUGAUUAAAUAACCGAAUUAUUCAAAAUUUUAAUAUUUGAUGAACUGAAACAUAAUCUGAUAUGAACCGAAGUAAUUUGGGUAUCCAAAAUAGAUUUAUAUACUUAUAUAUAUUAAUUAUUUUUAGACUUAAUAUAUAUAAAAGCAUCCAUAAUAUAUAUGAUACUUUUAAGUUCGUUUAAAUAGUGGAAAAUAUAUACAAAUAAUCAAACGUAAAUAUCUAAAAUAGUUAAAAUAUACUCAAAACUCCAAAAUACUUAAAUAAUUAUUAAUUCUCUAUCCAAAUAUUUAAACCAAACCAAUUUAAAUUGGUUAUCCAAAUCCGAACCGAAUCCUCAAAGAUCUGAACCAAACACAAAAUCCCAAAUAGACCCGAAAACGAAUCCGAACACCCACCCCUAUAUGUGUCAUCAUAAGUUAUAAAAAUAUGUGUUAUCAUAUAAUUAAUCGUAUUUUAUAUGUACCAUCAAAUAAGUUUUCUUAUAAUUAAUAAUAUUUUAUACGUACAAUCAUAAAUAAUCACAUAUAUUAUAUUUUUAAAUUUUAAUGUGAAAUAUAAAAACCAUAACUUAAGUUGUUGUUAGAAAUUGGACUUUGUAUUGUAUUUUUCUAAUAUAUAUGGAAAAUAUUUUUAUAAUAGUUAUUAGAAAAUAUUUUAGUAAAAAUUAAAUUUUGAAUAUAUGUAUAUUUUUGAAUGAAUUUUUGAUAUAAAUAAAUUUGAAAUUAUUAUUUUGAUUUGAAUAUUUAUAUCAAGUAACAUAAACCCAUUAUUUUUUAAUAUAUUGUAAUGGACUUCCAAUUUUCUUAAUAACAUAAGUCAAUUACAUGUUUUCCCCAACUUAGUGUUAUUUAUAUUUCCAAACAACAUUAUUUUUUUGAACUGCUAUCUAUGUUGCCAAACAAAAGCUUAAAGUAAUUCUAAUUAGUAAGAUAGAUUUUGCCAUGUGGUAUAAUUCCAUACGCCAUACUAUUGCGUCUCUAAUUACUAUUCAUUAUUAUUGCUAUUACUUUAAUGUAUAUACAUUUAUAUUCGAUUAUUACGAAUCAGAAACUUAUUUGUGUAAAUGGAAAGGAAAAAUGUGAUAGUGGGAUUUGGUGAUUAUCGUCGGUAUCUUUCCUUUUCAUUGUUCCUUCUUUAUUUGGCCAGUUGUAUUGUUUUUUUUUUUUUUUGAAGAUUGUGGCCAGUUGUAUAAUUGUUCCUUCAAUCAAAGUGAAAAAGUGUCUUUUCUGGAAAUUUAUAAUAUCAAACGCUGUUUGAAAUGUUCCGGUUUUCAAAAAGAGAGAGAUUAAUCUCGAAUACCCUCACGAGUGACGUCAGUGCAUGGCGCAUGGCAGCAAGAAGAAUAAGGAAACUAAACAGCAAAAAAAGAAGAGAUUUAUAGAACAACAGUGGCAAAUAGAGCAUUUGUACAUUUUUGAUAAUCUAAGAACAUGAUCUAUAUAGACACAUAGAUCCAUGGAUGAUCUCUAACUCUCUAAGGGCAACUCCAUUGCUAGUCCUUAUUAUGAAGUCCUAAGGGUUUUUUAUUAAUAUUGUUCCUUUAAGAUACAAAGGCAAGAAACAUAUGGAAAAGAGGAGUUUAUUGGUAGGACUUAAAGUUGUUUCUUAGUAAUAUUUUUAUUUAAUAAUUGAUUAGUUUUAAAUAAAUAUUAAACAUUUUAUUGAAUUAUAAAAAACUUAAGCAGUACAAACUUGCAUAAAGA